AUGCCUUUUUGCCAGCGGAAAUUCUCCGCCUCGCCAACCUUGCAGUGGUUCGGAAAGUCUUCCAAGUCGGCAGCCAAAACCGUUGAAAAAGAGCGAAAAUACAAGUCGAGGUUAUUGAUCUACGAUGCGGGCGAUGCACGAACCACAUGGAUAUCCUUCUGGAAAGCAAUGGCUCUGCUGCAGUUUGGGACCACCCUCGUUUUCGGUGUACCGCCACUAUGGAACAACACAAACCAACCCGAUGAGCGAGUAAGAAAGAUGCAAGCUAUCACGGUCGGCGUCCUAGGCACAAUCCCCACCUUAACCCUCGCCUACCUAACCGCCCCCUUCGUCCACCAAGUCUUCCUCCAAAUACCCGAACACGCCCGCCGCUCCCGUUCCGACCUGAUCCGCUUCGCCACCUCUCUGCGCACCAACCCCAACCAAACAGCAAACACAAAACUCGAAUUCGUCACCCUACGCAUCUUCCCCUUUCGCAAGCACACCACCGCUUUUCUCCACGAACUCCGUGCUUUACCACCGAAACGCUUCCGCCUGGCAAACAUCGAGCUGCCGAAGAGCGACGCUUGGGCUCAGCGGCAGCGGGAGAAAGGCAUCGUCAAACGCAUGGGAGAAGUGGUUCGUGAGCCGCGGUUCAAGUUCUAUGUCAAAGAAGGACGGUUGUAUACGAUGAAGACGGGAGUGCCGGGCGUGUGGGAGGAGGUAGCCAAGAGGAUCCAGGAACAGACUGUUGAGGAAGAGAAGGUUGUCAAGGGACUUGGGGUCAAGAGGCCGGCUGUGCAGUUGGGAGCGAGGAAGUUGAUCAGGCCUGCUGUCAAGGUUGGCGACAAGGUCAAGAGGCAGACUACUCGGUAG